CAAAAAAACAAAAAAGGGGAAGGAAAAAGGAAAAAAAAAAAACAAAACAAAAAAGGAGUUUACUUUUGUUUUUCAUGAUUUCACAAAACAAAAACACAAAAAAUAUUUCAAACCACAAGUUCAACUUUGCGUUGAUUUCGCUCAUUCCGUUUAUGAGACUCCAUUAAAUUGCUCUAUCCUCCACCUCCCGCAAUUGCCGCACAACUCAACAAAGAUUGAGAAGAGAGAGAAAAAGAAACCAAAGUGGAGAGACAAGGAAUGUGAAAGUUCUAUGUUUGGAAAUCUGGUAUAAAGGCUAUUUUCCUGUGAUCUUCGUUUUUGUUGUUCCGCGACCUCCAUCGGAGCUGAGGUUGCCGAAACUCACCCAAUUGACCCAUUUUCCCGAUCUGGGUCGAUCUGGGUUUGCCCAGUUCCGGUCCAUGGUUCUGGGUCGUGGCUCGUGGCUCGUGACUGUUAACUGAUGGGUUGUGUGAGCUCGAAACAGGCGGUGUCGGUGACGCCUGCUUUCGAUGUUUCGGUUGCGUUUAGGGACAAUGCGGGUUCGGGUCGGAGCCGUGGAGGUAGGGUGGUGGCCGCGGAAUUCGAGAAGAAGAAAAAGAGCGGUGGUGGUGAGUCGGGGCUGAGUGGAAGCGAGUUAGGUGAGUCAGGGAGGGUGAGUUCGAAUGGGGGUGGCGACUCCUUGAGCUUCAGAUUGGGGAAUUUGCACAAGUAUGUGGAGGGAGAGCAAGUCGCCGCCGGAUGGCCGGCAUGGCUCAGCGCCGUCGCCGGCGAAGCCAUUCAGGGUUGGGUCCCUCUCCGAGCCGAUUCUUACCAGACAUUGGAGAAGAUCGGACAAGGUACAUAUAGCACUGUGUUCCGAGCUCGUGAACUAGAAACUGGGCGAGUAGUUGCUUUAAAGAAGGUGCGGUUUGACAACUUUGAGCCUGAGAGCGUUAGGUUUAUGGCACGAGAAAUAACGAUACUCCGCAGGCUUGACCAUCCAAACAUUGUGAAAUUGGACGGUUUGAUUACUUCCCGAUUAUCGUGUAGCAUAUACCUUGUCUUCGAGUACAUGGAACACGAUCUUUCUGGACUCAUGUCAUGCCCUGACAUCAAGUUCAGUGAGUCACAGGUCAAGUGUUACACGAAGCAGUUGUUAUCUGGGCUUGAGCACUGUCACUCUCGUGGUGUGAUGCAUCGGGACAUUAAAGGAGCAAAUCUUCUGGUUAAUAAUGAAGGGAUUUUGAAAAUUGCUGAUUUUGGGUUGGCAAACUUCUGUAGCUCUGUGUACAGGCAACCUCUAACCAGUCGCGUUGUGACUUUAUGGUACCGUCCUCCUGAACUUUUGCUGGGGUCAACAGAUUAUGGAGCAUCUGUGGAUCUUUGGAGUGUUGGAUGUGUGUUUGCCGAACUUCUUGUUGGUAGACCCAUCCUUAAAGGGAGAACUGAGGUUGAACAAUUACACAAGAUUUUCAAGCUUUGUGGUUCCCCUCCAGAUGAAUACUGGAAAAAGUCUAAACUUCCUCAUGCAACACUAUUCAAACCACAGCAGCCUUAUGAGAGUUGUCUUCGAGAGUCCUUUAAAGAUCUCCCAACAAUUUCUGUGGACCUGAUAGAAACUUUGCUUUCAGUAGAACCAUAUAAGCGUGGGACUGCCUCCUCUGCUCUUGCAUCUGAGUAUUUCAAAACAAAGCCUUAUGCAUGUGACCCCUCGAGCUUGCCAAAAUAUUCACCUAACAAAGAGAUUGAUGCUAAAAAUCGCGAGGAGUCAAGGAGGAAAAAGGUUGGUGGAAGAGUACGUGGGUCUGAAAAACCAACAAGAAAACCAAAUGGAAUCAACAAACUGGUACCAGCAGAGAAUUUUACUGCUCAAACCCAAGGUCCCCAUAAACUUAAUGGAAAUGGCUUUCAUAUUUUCAAGGAAGGAGAUGGCAAGUUAGGUGGAGAGCCUCCAAAGCCCUCAAUUGAUGUACUGACAGAGGCUUCUCACAUGAAGAAUGCAUCUCAAGGGGACAUUCCCUUUUCUGGCCCUUUGCAAGUUUCAACAUCAAGUGGCUUUGCAUGGGCAAAAAGGCGGAAAGAUGAUGCGUCCACAAGAUCACACAGUAGGUCCAGUUCAAGAGGUCUUGGUUGUAAUGCAUUGGAACCUAACGCUGCAUUGCAUGCAAGGAAUAAUUCAAAUAGGCUGGAAAAUUCUGAUGUUUCAAAUGGUGGCCGCACUGAUUCUAGAGGCUAUGAUUCAUCUGAAAUUGCCAAGCGUGUGAUGCUAAAACAAUGGGGCCAGUUUGAGCGUCCGGAUUCAUUUGAUGCUUCUGAUAUGUACCACUCACAGGAACUAUCACUGCCAAUGUAUCGAAGAGAGGAAAUGGCAGCUAAGAGAAAUCAUUUGAGUUAUCAGGAUCAAGGGGAAAAGGUUGAAUUUUCAGGACCCUUGUUAUCUCAAUCACAUAGAGUUGAUGAACUCUUAGAGAGACAUGAACGCCAUAUCCGCCAAGCAGUCAGAAGAUCAUGGUUCCAAAGAGGCAAGAAAAAUGGGAAGUAGUCUUCAGAUAUGCUCAGAUUGAGGAUGUAGGAACGAGAAGCCUCGGAUGAGGGACCAGAUGAUCAGGAUGUACUCAAGAAAGACAUCCAACCAGGCUGCCAAACGCGACAGUCAUGCCAAUGAUUCAACAACCAAACAGCAUCUUUAUCUUGAGGCUUGUGACCAACAAAAGCUGAGAAAAUGCAAUCCGAUGCAACUGCUAGUUGAGCCCACAGAGCUUUUAAAAGUCUGGGGAGAGCAAAUGAAGGUCUGGGAUUAUGAUUCGUUCUCAUCUUUUAAACAAAAUUAGUUUUUUUUUUUCAAAUUUUGUCUUUUUGUUCAAAAUUUUUUUGUCUUCAAGCUAUAUGGAAUCAUCCCAGCAAUGUAUAGUUAGGACCUGAGAAUAGUCUUGUACAUGUUCAAUGGUUCAUAAGGCUUGUGAUAUCAGGCUUCCUCUUCUCACCAUCA